AUGGCUGGGAUGGCAGGCGGAGAAAGUGUGGAUCUCCAGCAACUCGUGCUGAGAAGCGAGACCGUCGUCGACGAUGUGCUGCGCCAGCAACUCAAGGAGGUCCAGCGCCAACAGGAAAAAGUCUUUCACGAACUGCUGAGCGUACAACGCCUGUUGGACUGCCUCCCCCUUCUUCAGCUCCAGCAGAAACAGCAGCUGAGGGCCAUGCGGCGACACCGCAAGGCGCUUCGCAAGCUCCGUCUUCUCGCAGGGCCGGAGGAGGCGUCUUCGGAUUCGGACGAAGGCAGAGAAGCAGAUGAGGAGCGCCGCACGACAGCGCAGGGAAAGAACGAGAAGGCGGCCCCAAGCGAACCGAAGAAAACGGACUGUCCUCCCGUCCCUGUGGACGCACUGGUGAAUAUCGGGUGUAACACCUAUCUCAAAGCGCGAGGCGACGACAUCGGAAAGCUCCUGAUCAAGGUCGGCUUCCAAUUCUACCUCGAAAUGACUCUCGAAGAAGCAGCGGACUUUCUCACCCAGAAAGAAGCGAUCUUGCUCAAAAAGUACGACCACUGGAGCGCCAAGUGUGCGGACAUGAAGGCUCAAAUUCAGGUGUUGCUGCAAGCAAUCGCGGCGGUUGUGGAGGAACCGGCGCUUCGAGCGUUUCCUUACGCCUGA